AUGUGUCAACCAGCCCAGGCUUCCAAUGCCUUACCAAUAACAGCUUUAGUGAUGAGAGUGUUUACGUUGAUUUUGCUCUUAGCAUCUCUCAUUGUUCUUGCAAAGGACACUGCCACAUUUAAAAACCUUGCAUCUCGAUCAGAAGUCACUCUUCGCUUCAAGCAUAUCUAUGCCUACCGUUACAUGCUCUCUGCAAAUGUGGCAUACACAUUUUUGCAAAUACCUUUUGCAAUCCACCAUGUAAGCGUAGGGAAACGCGUGAUUAACAAUGUUAGCCUGCUGUACUUCGACUUCUUCGGCGAAAAGGUCAUACUAUCCUUAUUGGCAACUGGGGUUGGGGCAGGGUUGGGUGCAACCAAUGAUCUUAAGGAAAACCUCGAUCAAUUGGACGUGUUCACUACACGAAUUGGUUACCCGAUUCUUUCUGAAAUUCGAUCAAAGGGAGACAACUUCUUUAACAUGGGAUUUGUCUCUGCAAGCCUUCUUCUCAUGGGUUUCCUUUGCACUGUAGUCUCUUCAAUCAUAUCGUCAUUGGCCCUCUCCAAGAAAGAGUAG